AUGAUCUUUACAAAUAAACAUAAUGCUAAACUUCGUUCUGCUGAUUGUCUUAUUCUGAACAUUAAAAGUAACUUUGGAAAUAACGGUGAAACAAAAACAUAUGUUGCUAAAGCUGUAUUUGAAGACUAUCAGUAUCUUCUACUUAUCACUGAUCUAAAGCAUGUUUGGUUUGAAGAGUUAAACUCUAAAGGCUUAAAUUCACUAGCUUCUGGUUUAGAUACAAGUGACGAACUUUCUUUAAAAAAUCUAAUUCUUUUACUUCGAGAAGUUUUAGAAAAUCAAAGAUCUAUUUAUGAUUAUGAUAUAGAAAAAUUUAGUAAUAAGUUAAAAUUAAAAACGUCAAUGACAUUGGGAUUGAUAACUUUAAGAUGGGUUUUCUUGUGUGAAAUCAUACCAGAACAAUUAAUUGGCAUUAAUGAAGGCCAAGUGAAUGAUGGUCCGGCUUUUGCAUCUCAGCCUUUACCUGUACCUCCAAACACUCAAAGUUCAUGUUAUGACGAUUGUUUGCCGUUAACUCAAGAAGAUUUAACUUCAUGGCAACUGAUAGAUUCCAAUAACUCGGCAUUCAAUAGUAAUACUUCAACAAAAAAAUCAUUGUCACCACAAAAAGAUAAAACUAUAUCUACUCAAUCGCCUGAUCAAAAUGAUGAUGAAUUUUAUACUAAUAACAAGGAAUUUGAUGAAACACAUCGACAGGAGAUGCAAAGACGUCAAGAAUUAAAACUUGCUGCACAAAAAGUUACUGAUG